AAAUUGGUCUCUAACGCAACUCUCUCUUUCUCUAUCUAUCUCUAUUUCUCACGCACACACAAACAUUACACACUCACAAAAGGAUGUCUUAUGUUUUAGGUCUUGCUAUAUUAAGACCUUGUAACUGUAAAAUAGCGAUAGCUACUUCCAUACUAGCAGCACAGAGCACUUAUUGUUGUUACAUCAUAUACAAAUCUCAUCUUUCUUGCUGUUAAACCAAACUUUAUCGCCCAUAAGAAGGUGGCCUUGGCAUAUAUUUCUUCCCAUAUGGACCUCCAAAUAUCAGAGCCAUGUUCAUCUGAAAAUUUGAACAUCAUCUCAUUUUCAGAUGCUCCAGCAUGCCCAAAACCCUCAAUGGAUUGCCAAACUGAGAAGAGAAGCACUCAAAAAGAAGAUCAAACACACCCACAGGACUCAGCUCGUCCUCUUCUGCUGAAUCUAAAUCUCUCUAACGACGAUUCAGCGGAUGGAUCAAAUCCAGAACUCAACCUCAUCAAUUGUCUUGAUGCCAAGUCGUCCGUAAAUUCCUUAGAAUCUUCUCACGACUUGGAACCCCGGAUCUUCUCAUGCAACUACUGCCAGAGAAAAUUUUAUAGUUCACAGGCCCUUGGAGGACAUCAGAAUGCGCACAAGCGUGAGAGGACUUUAGCAAAAAGAGGACAUAAAGUUGGAGCUGCAGUUUCAGUAGAAUUUGGACAGAGGUACAGUAGCAUGGCUUCUCUGCCUUUGCAUGGUUCAUAUAACAGAUCACUUGGGAUUCAAGCACAUUCUAUGAUUCACAAGCCUUCUCAUCAAGCUUCCACUCUUGGUUUACCGCGUUUCCAUGGUCAAAAUUCCUGGUGGAGGCAGCCUUUAGAUUCACAACCAGCAAUUGGAAAGCUUCCUUCUGGAAAAGUUCAUAUUGGAGAUGAAACUGACUCUUCCUUUUCGGGUGGAGUUUCGAGGUUAGCAAAGUUUUCUCCAAAUAUGGUGGUGAAAGAGGGAAUUGGAGCUUACUGGUUGGGAAGUGUUACUCAUGUAAAAUCUAAACAAGAAGAGCUGCAGAAGCUUGACUUGUCCCUCAAACUCUAAGCAGCAGCAGUAGUAAUCCCCUCCACACCAAUUUCAAUUGUGUCCUUUUCUCUAUUGACCAAGAGCUUAAUUUCUACCUCUAUUCCUUUUCUCUUCUUUUGCCAUAUGUAUCUUUAGUUUCAGCUGCUGUAAAUGCAUUUUGGCUACUUAUAUCAGAGUUGUUUACUUGGCAUUA